AUGCGUCACAGUGUUGCAGCUAGAGGGCAUGAUAGCUGCAAAAAACGGAAUGCAAGGCAAAUGAACCAUCAAAUGCACUGUGUUAUGUACGGUUACAUGGGAAAAAACGCGACUAAACGUGAGUUUGAAUGCGGGAUGAUUGUAGACGUUCGAAGCUUCGGAACCAGUAUCAUCGAAAUCGCUGCUCUUAAAAAAUGUUCGAGAGCAGCAGUUAUUAAUGUGUACAGAGAGUGGACUACCAAGCAGAAAACCGGGUCUCAACGUCAAGGUUGUGGUCGUCACAGGCAACUGAAUGCUCGAGCUGAAAGGAGACUUUCCAGAGUUGUCAAGCCCAACAGAAGAGCAACAGUAAGUCUAAUAGUGAGGAAUUCCAAUGAAGGUGCAACUGCGAACGUCUCUGACCGACCUUUUCACCACACAUUACACAGUAUUGGGUAUGGUAGCCGACGACCUGUUUGA